GUAUCUACAUCUUGAUUGCUGUCGGUGCUGUGAUGAUGUUCGUUGGAUUCCUUGGUUGCUAUGGAGCCAUACAGGAAUCCCAGUGUCUUCUCGGAACAAUCUCCAAAGAGCUGAUCACUUUCUAUGACUCUGUGUAUGACAGAGGCAUUUUUCUUACAGAUAGUGAGCAAAAGCAGGCUGCCGCUGCUGUCUUGAAGAUCUUUCAUGAGACUCUUAACUGCUGUGGCAAAGGAAACAUUAUUUCAAGUGCUACAAUGUGGCUUUCAAACACCUGUCCUCAAGACAAAAAAACUUCUGACAUAAUAAGCCUCUCCUCGAACUGUCACACCAAGAUCAAAGAGCUUUUCUCUGAGAAGAUCUAUUUGAUUGGCAUCGCUGCCUUGGUUGUCGCUAUUAUCAUGAUCUUCGAGAUGAUCUUCAGCAUGGUGCUUUGCUGUGGCAUCAGGAACAGCCCUGUUUACUAAAACAGAAGGAGAAGAUAUUACCUUUAAAACAUCAGCCAAAAAAAUAUUUUGUUUUAUAUCUACCAUUGUUUCCUAAUGUAGUCACCCUAUCCAGUUCCUGAGGUCUCAGAACAAUUUUUGUGCAUUUGUUUGGUUCAAAUGUUGCAGUGGAACCACCAACAACUAGUCUGCUAUUGUUUACGCUGUAGUUGGAAAAGACUAGUUGUGAUCUGUAGCUAUAGCAGUAGACUUACAAACACAGUACAUUAUCACUUGAAGAAUUGAUACAUUUAUUUGCUUGUAGUUUUUUGUGUUAACAUUGGAAGUACUGCUAUUGCUAUCGGUUAAUAUCAUUCUUUACGUAUGUACAUGUAUAAACUGUAUAUAUUUGCAGCCCUGUAUGGCUCUUAAGCAUGAAUCUUGUAUUGAACACUCCUGUCCAUCUUCCUCUCUGAGACUGCUGUUUGUAUAUUCACGUUUCUUCCUGAGAAACCACUAAAUAAACAGUGUUAGCUAGGUGAGCGAGUAAGUCAGAAUAGAGUGCUUAUUGGAAGU